UCGAUUCUACCUAACAAAUUCUCGCCUUUGUUUUUGGCACCGCGCCAAAAUACAUCCCCCCAAAAAAGAAGUUUCACAAAUUCUCAAAAUUCCCUCCCAAAUCAUUUGUAACAAACUCCGCAGUCCGCCGCCGUUCAGUCUCCGGCUUCUCUAGAAAUUAUACGAUGGCUUUCUCCGAUGGAGCUUCGCUAAUGGAAACCGAUAACCAUAAAAAACUAGAAGGCGAAGGAGAAGACGAAGAAGAAGAUCCGUUUCUCGCAUUUAUCGAGUACGCCUGGUCGGUCAUAUCUCCUGAAGAAGACGAAGAUCCGAGUGGAAAUGAAGAAGGUUAUAAUGGAGCGGGGUGGAGCUGGAUUGCGUCUCGGAUCCUCAAAACUUGUAUUUCUUACUCGAGUGGAGUCACUGCUGCUAUUUUGCUCUCCGAUCUUUCUCAGGCGUGGAGUGAGCAACGCAGGGUAGGCGGUUCAAAGAAAAGGCCAGAGAUUAUAGAUCAGAUGAAAAGGAAACAUAGGAGAGCAAAGCUUCCUAACACAGUUACAAUCGACUCAAUAUACGAGAAGAAUUUCUUGUCCUUGAGUAGUGUUUUGGAAGCUGUGGUUGUGGAUGCUCAUGUUCUUCCGGGUACGAACAUUUACAUGCUUACUUUGGGGGAUUAUUGGAGUUCCAAUACCAUUGAUCUUUAUCUUCACCGAAGAUACUAUGACUUGGUUGAUCCUCCGAAUGGGAUUUUGAAGAAAGCGAGGGAGAUUUUCCUUACAGGUUGCUAUCUUCGAACUGCCAAAGAAGGAUGUGGUAGCCCACGGUUGUUGCCAACAGAAUAUCUUGUGAUAUUAUUGGAUGAGGAUCUGGAUGACGAUGCAAUCUUGAUAGGAGCCCAGUUUUGCUCAGAUUCUUUCUCUUCCAUUUCUCAUGCUGGAGUCAAGAAUGGUGUUUCAUAUUCGCUGUACGCUAGGAUUGAAUCUAUCACUUCACUGGAAAUUCUGGAACAAUGUGGAGGUUUACAGAGGAAGCAAAUCACUCUUGUUGAUAAUGAUGGAGUAAAACUAAGAUUUCUCUUGUGGAAUGAGCAGGUAAUCCUAGCCAAUCUUUUCAGUGUUGGAAGCAUGCUCGCCCUGGAUAGACCAUAUAUUGCUAUUGCAGCAGAGAGUGCCCUUGAAACAAGUGAUGAGUUUUGUCUAGAGUAUGGAACUGCAACACAAUUAUACUUGGUGCCUUUUGUUCAACAUGAGGAACAAGUAUGCCUAUCAUCCACACAAAAUCGAACUCAAGGAUCAAAGUUGCAUGCUGCAGCUGAUCCUACACAAGGUCCCAAAGUUUCUCAAGUGAGCUUGCCCUGUGAUUCCCAAGGGUCAAUUGACUUCAGUAAUUAUCCUUUUCAGUUAUUUGUAGCUGAUCUCCAUGGCAAGAUGACCGGUAUCAGCCUUUAUGGAGUGGUUAGAGAUGUUUUUCGAGAAAGAGAAACUGCAGGAGUUAUUUUUUUAUUGAAACUCGAGGAUUCGACUGGAUCAAUUUGGGCAAAGCUACAUUUUUCUCAAUCUUGGUCAUUAGGACGAGUAAGCGUUGGUCACACAGCAUAUAUUUCUGGCUUGACGUGCUCUAAGACAAAACAAGAUCGCUUUGAACUAUCAUGGUGUGAGACAGAUGAUGGAGCUUCUUUUAUCAACCUCAGUUGCUUACCAGCAUUAGUAAACUCAUCUUGUCUUCACAAGUUAUCACGCCUUUCUGACCUCUCCAGCAGGAGGAAUUCAAUGCAUAUAUGUCGAGUUUGGAUUGACCAAGUUGAUCAUUGUCAUGUUACUACAAGAUUCUCACAUGCUCCUUGUGGGCAUUUUGUCAAAGAGAUGCCAAGCGGAGCAGUUGAAUGCAGUUUCUGUCACUGUGAUUGUGAUAGUGAAGUUGUCAUGCGUGCUUUCUACCUGAAACUCACCCUUGCCGACAAGAACACUAAAAUUUUUGCUUGGUGUACUGGUCAAACUGCUAUGGAGUUACUGCAAAUAUCACCCGAUGAAUUCUACGAGCUGUCUGAGGACGAGCAAGUUAUGUAUCCUUCUUCACUGGAGAAUGAGAGGUUCAUUGUUGCAUUAGUGAAUUGCAAGCGGCAGGCAGUGCACGGAUCUCGCGACAGUCAAACCCCGGAGGCUGAUGCAGUUUCAUGGGAGAUCACCCGGGCACUCAAGUGUGAAUAGAGUUUUAAUAUUGGAAGCUCAGGAAGAUCAGGAAGGGGUAGAUAACUUGCUCUUGUAGAAACCAAAGCCAGCAGCAGGUCAUGACGCUUUACUCUUAGAGAAUAAUUUUAUUUUACAAAAAGUAAAAUAAACCAAGUGCAGACAAUGUCUACUUUAUUCUAAUGCUAAACAAUUGAGCUGGUAAAUAGUACUUUUUCCCCUUUUGGCAAUAAAGCUAAUAAAUAGUACUAGCAUAUAGUAAUUUUGUUUUUAAUUUGAGUUUAAGUUUGAUCAAUUUUAAUAAAUUUGCCCUUCUCUUA